AUUUCCUUUUCUAUGCAACUGUUAAAGAUACAGGAGCCCUGCCCUCCUUUUCAUACGGUCACCAUACUCUAGCUAUAAUACCAUAUGGUCAUCCUACCAACUUGGUGCUCUCCGGAUGUUUUGGACAGCAAUUUGCAGCAUUCCUGACCACUGGCCAUGCUGAUGGGCGUUGAGAAGGGAAGGAUGUUAUGUACAAUCCAACUUUUGUGCUGCAAGCUGAUGGCUCCGGGUUCCUCAAGAGAGAAUCGAGUCACAGGUGUCAAGAGAUCACGCAAACUCUCCAGGGCCUUUACAAUGCAAUCCUGUAUAUAUGUCUUCUUGGAAAGCCCGGUGACCUUUGAAGAUGUUGCUGUGUAUUUCACGGAGGGCCAGGGGGCUCUGCUGGGCCCAGAUCAAAGGACCUUGUACAAGAAUGUCAUGAUGGAGAAUUAUGGGAGUGUGGCAUCAUUGGGAUUUUCAGGCCCCAAACCUGACCUCAUCUCCCAGUUGGAACGAGGAGAAGAACCGUGGGUGCCAGAAUCUCAAAACCUGGGUGCAGUAGAGAUCCUUGAUGUCUGCUCAGGUGACCCUUUGGGGAAAGACUGCUGCUCCCAGUGUGGGAAACUUCUUGAUGUCAUGCCUCAGAGAGUCCUCAGGGAAAAGAAAUCCUUCAGAUGUUUGGCAUGUGGGGCAAAUUUUGUUCCACGGCCACACCUUACGACACAGCAGGGAACCCAUCUUGCAAGGAGAACCUAUGAAUGCCUGCAGUGCGGAGUAGAUUUCGAACAGCACGCCGCCUUCGUGAACCACUGGAGAGGCCACACGGGAGAGGAGCCGUACGAAUGCCUGCGGUGUGGGAAGUGUUUCCCUCGACCGGCGGCCCUCGUGAAGCAUUGCCGAGCCCACAGGGCGGAUGAGCCCCACAUGUGUCUGGAGUGCGGGAAGUGCUUUGCUCACGAGUCGUCCCUUCUGACGCACCGAAAAAUCCACGUGCGUGAGAGGGCCCACCAGUGCUUGCAGUGUGGGGAUCGUUUUGCCGACCACCCGGCCUUUGUGAGGCACCAGAGGGCCCACACGGGAAAGAAACCCUACAGGUGCUGGGAGUGUGGGGAAUGCUUUGCCGACAGGUCCCAUGUCGUGGCUCACCAGAGGGUCCACCGAGGGAUGAACCUCUACAAGUGCUUGGAGUGCGGAGAAAAUUUUGACCAGCACUCUGCCCUGGUGAGCCACUGGAUGAUCCACACAGGGGAACAACCCUACGAAUGCCGGGAGUGUGGCAAAUGUUUUCCCCGGCCCUCAGCCCUCGUGAAACACUGCCGGGUUCACACGUCUGAGAAACCCUACACGUGUUUGGAGUGCGGGAAGUUUUUUGCCCAGCAGUCGGGCCUUGUCAAACACCAGCGCGUCCACACGGGAGAGAAGCCCUACGCGUGCUUGGGGUGCGGGAAGUGUUUUGCUGACAGCUCCUCCCUUGCCAGGCACAAACGGGUCCACACAGGAGAAAAGCCCUUUACAUGUUCAGAGUGCGGGAAGCGCUUUUCGGACAGGUCGAACGUUUUGGCCCACAGGCGGGUCCACACGGGAGAGAAGCCCUACAAAUGUCUGGAGUGUGGGAAAUGCUUUUCUCAUCGGUCGCACAUUGUGAAACACCAGAAAUUCCACAUGAAAGAGAGAGGCACUAAAUACCCACAGCUACCCCAGGGGUUAGCCACAGAUAAGUCACCCCAUCCUAGGAUGGUUAAAUGAGAAGUAUCCUGAACCUUUUGAGAGACAUCUUCUCAUCAUCAGGAAAAAUGCCCAAAGACCCAUGUGCAAUGCCAACCAGGCAACAGAAGCUAUGUUACAUUUUCAUUUUAAUAAAUUUGUGCUUAGUCUGUAAUCUUGACUGUAAAUAAAAAAGGGUGUUACAGUGAAGUAAA